CAGCUCAACUUUACUUCACAAUAGCUUUUGCUGCGAUCAAACCAUUUUUAUCCGGCCCAACAGCCAAGAAAAUUCAUAUUUUUGGAAAAAAUGGAUGGAAAGAAGAGUUAUUGAAACAUAUUGAUGCUGAUGUUUUACCAGCUUUUCUGGGUGGUACGCGCACUGAUCCCGACGGUAAUCCAGCAUGUAAAACAUUUAUCAAUUAUGGAGGGCUGGUCCCAGAAUACUAUUAUAUCCGCAGAUCAGGCAAGGAGUUUUCUCAACUUCCUGGAAUCAAGAAAUAUACUGUGGCAAGAAUGUCUAAAAUUGAAUUAAUCAUGACCGUAAAUGAGCCUGGUUCAUUAAUUGAAUGGGAAUUUGAAACAAAUAAAGAUAUUGGUUUCUCUUUGCUGUACAAAGAGAAUAAUACGGAGGAAACCAAGGUUAAAGAACUCAUUCCGAAGCAAAGAAUUCAUACUUGCAUAUCGGAAGAGACAGGAGUGUUCAAAUGCGAAAGACCUGGCAUCUAUAUCAUAGAGUUUGACAACACUUAUAGCUGGAUGUUUCAGAAGGAAAUUUAUUGUAAAGCCGCAGUCGUGAGUCAAGAUCGUCAGAGAGUUUUCCUUGUUUAAUGACACGUGGCUUCAAUAAAAUGACCUUUAUCCUGCUCUUUUUUACUUAAAUUUAUGCUUCAAUGGAAGCCUUUCAUCAUUAUUAAUCCGCAUAAUGUUAGCAUGCUUUAACAGAGAUAAAAGGAAUACAUUUCA